AUGGGUCAUGUUGAGAAGGGCAAGAAGAUUUUUGUUCAGAAGUGUGUCCAGUGCCACACCAUGGAAAAGGGAAGCAAGCACAAGACUGGGCCAAAUCUGCAUGGUCUUUUUUGGCAGAAGACAGGUCAGGCCCCUGGAUUUUCUUACAUAGACACCCACAAGAAAAAAGGCAACACUUGGGAAGGGGAGACACUGAUUGAGUAUUUGGAGAAUCCCAAGAAGUACAUCCCUGGAACAAAAAUGAUUUUUGCUGGCAUUAAGAAGAAGACAGAAAGGGCAGACUUGGUAGCUUAUCUCAAAAAAGUUUCUAAGAAGUAA